GUCUGUACGACGGUCUUCGGAGUUCGCGGGAACGGUAUCAUUUCCUAUCAAGAUCCAUUGUUUUGAAAGUAGACAAAAGUAGUGUCACUCUGAGCACAGAAACUCGCAAGCUUAUGAGUAAAGCAUCAUAAAAUUUGAACAGUUUUCCUUUGAGGGUUAGUACUAACUGAAAAAGCGAUGAAUGCAAUAAGACUUGUGGUAUUUAUGGGUUCGUUUCGUGGCUUUUCAGCCCAUGUGUUAGAUAUUUUCCGGACCUUAUCCGGAGCAAUCUCAAUUAGCCGUACCGUUGCCUUAAAACUAUAACGUUUUGUUUGGCUAAAAGUGGAGUUAUUGUUUCAUACUGUGCGUUUUCUCUGAAUUGUAAGAAGCUGCAAGCGUCAGUCAAGAGAAUGCCGGUGGAAUGAUAAGUUAUACUAGCACAACACUGUGCGAACUCUAUCCACAUAGAGAAGAGUGUUAGGCUAUUGCAGCUCGAGAGACGAAUGAAGACCGACCCUCAAAGUAUCUAUAAUAGUACACCAACAACAAUAUUGUAGCUCGAAAUCUCUAUAACACACCCACCAACCAACCAUCCUCUACCCACAAGAAGAAAGAUUGUGGAAGUAUGAAAAGAGUAUACUGGGGAAGGUUUUCUGAUGGGGAUUCCGAAAGGAAGGAAGUGCAGAAUAAUGAUAUCAUCCUACCGAUCAGUAAGAUGGUCAAGUUUCAGCAAAUCAAGCUGCCAUACACAAUUACGAAAGCAAAAAGAGUGCCGCUUAAGAACUCCCUCGUAACGCAGACGGUUGAAGUGAUGAAGCAAACCGAGAUGAUACAAACGCUUAUCGAUACGUACUCAACGAAGUCGGGGUGCAGUUACAUAUUAAACCCAUGCCAGCUGAUGCCAACCGUUCAUUUUCCCGCUAAUAAUGUGGCUGAUCUGACGCGAAACGAGCUAGUUACUCGACCGUUUUGGUUUGUGCCAGCGACUAGCACUGGCUUCACUCGUGGAGAAUCUAAAAACCACGUUAAACUCUCGUACCCGGUGGUGAUGCAGGCGUUGAAAAAAGCCGCUUGCGGACUGCUGUGUAUGGCCGGUUUUUCAGAAAUAAAUGAGUCCGCUUUGAUUAUGAUAGUGGAUGGUUUGGACCAGCAUUUGCGGUUGUUGGUGGAUUCGCUGCGUUCGGUUCUAACGGCCCACGGUGAAGAACUUGGCACCUUACCGAACGUGUUGAUGCUUGAGCGGAUGUAUAAUUGGAUCGGACGAUCGAGUUUAUGCGAGCUGCAUAACUACAACAAGAUAAAUGCUUUCAAAAAUCGCCAUGAGGUGCGCGAGUUUCGUGAAAUCUUCCAGGAAUACGAUCGACUAUUGCAGGAAAAUCAGUUGUCGGUUCAGAACAUGCAGCAGAAGCUGGGAGAAAUAAAGGAGGACGACUAUAUGAACUUUCUCGAUCCACAAUCCCAUUCGCCCAGCGGAACUACCAUCGAUGGGUCAGCAAUAAAUAUUAUUAACUUUAUCAAUGGCGAAACAAUGAAUGGCAGUUUUAAAGAGAUGCUGGACGUGGAGUUGCAUGAGUCAAACAGCGCCCAAGACUCACAGGAUCACCAGAAUCAACAGCUUUAUUUGGAGUCAAACUAUGCAACUACAACCGACAACACGUGAAAUUUCCUUUUGAGAAGCCUUGCAGAAAGCCUUGCAAAGAAAUUCUGGAACCCACUUGUUUAAUGAUACUAUUUACUGAACACAUAUUAGCACUAGAUAUACCACAGCAGUCAUUUUGAUUGGUCGGGCAGUUUGAAAAAUGAACGAAAAUCUAAGCAGUGCUUUCCUAUUACUGAGUGACAACCAUAUUUUGGUUUGUUUUGAAUCCAUUUCGUCAUCAUCAUCAUUAUCUUGCAGCUACAACCUUCGAGCGAUCUAGGCCUGCAAAAGAGACUCCCUGUUAAGUAUGUUAGGAAGCAGAAUUAUCGUCUUUGGGAUUGGGAAAACCCACACGUCGUGCAAGAGAAGCCAAUGCCAAUCUGCCACACACAGACAGCCACAAUCAAUAUGCUGCGUCCAAUCUUCGGAAAUCGAAUAAUCAGCAGAAAUAGUGCUGUGAAAUCGUCAACAAGCGACGAUUUUACACCGUUGGACUGUUAUCUUUUGGGAUCGGUGAAAGACAAAUGUUACGCGAACAAGCCAGCAACCAUUCACGACCUCAAGACCCACAUUCAAAUUGCUAUUUCCGAGAUAAGACCAGAUGCAAUCGAAAAUGUACUCAAAAAUAGGUGUGGCUACUGUCAAGCCAAUUGUAGUGAACAUUUGACCAAAAUUGUUUUUCAUAAAAAAUGUUUUGAAUGACCCAUUCAAAUAAAUGUUCAAACAUCGAAAAAUAUAAAUCCGUUUUUUAUAACCAAAUGAGAAAAGGAAUCUUACGUGGUGUACUCGAAGUUACUUGUACAAAUA